AUGGCUUCUUCUUCUAAUUCAUGGUCAUGCUGCUGUAGGUUCUUUUCGUUGACACUUACAACGUUGGCCAUCAUCAGCAAACCUUCUGUUGCUGCUCCAAUUUUCCGGCCAAGCCCUUGGGCCCUUGCCCAUGCCACCUUUUAUGGCGAUGAAACCGCCUCCGAGACAAUUGGAGGAGCUUGUGGGUAUGGGAACUUGUUUUCCAAUGGUUACGGUACGGACACAGCUGCUCUGAGCACAACAUUGUUCAACAAUGGGUUUGCUUGCGGCACUUGUUACCAGAUCAAAUGUGUCCAGUCACCUUGGUGCUACAGCACGGUUCCUUUCACCACAGUGACUGCUACCAACCUUUGCCCUCCAAAUUGGGCCCAAGACUCCAACAAUGGUGGCUGGUGCAACCCUCCUCGAGCCCACUUUGACAUGUCCAAGCCCGCUUUCAUGAAAAUUGCUCAGUGGAAGGCUGGUAUUGUCCCUGUGAUGUACCGAAGGGUGCCGUGCGUAUGGCCAGGCGGGCUUAGGUUUUCUUUCCAAGGAAAUGGGUACUGGUUGUUGGUGUAUGUGAUGAAUGUAGGAGGAGGUGGUGACAUUCAAAACAUGUGGGUUAAAGGAAGCAGAACAGGGUGGAUCAGCAUGAGCCAUAACUGGGGAGCUUCAUACCAGGCAUUUGCAACUCUUGGAGGCCAAUCUCUUUCCUUCAAGCUCACUUCAUACGCAACCAAGGAGACCAUCAUAGCUUGGAAUGUUGCACCUGCAAAUUGGAAUGUAGGAUUGACUUACAGCACAAAUAUGAACUUCCAUUAAUCAACAAGUUCACUAUAGCUCUUCUUUUUUCCCUUUUCUUUUUUUGUUUUUCCUUUCCCCCUUUUUAAAGCCCUAUGCCCAUGCAUCAUUAUUGACUUUCUUUUCUUGAAGAAUUUUCCUUGUACUUUCUAGA